AUGACAUUCGAAGGACCCAAAUUUGAGAGCUCACUAACAUCUACGAUUCUCGGUUCAGCCGAAACGCCGUCCAAUAUUUUCUUACAUGUGAAUCCCGCAGAAGAAACAAGCACGAAACAAGAAGGCGAGACAAAUGUCACAUUUGAAAGUAUUGUCGAAAGCGCUGAAGACGAUCACAUGGAGAGUGAGCAUCAACUACAGCUUAUUCUUGAUUGUAUACUACCGCCUAGAGUUUACGAACAGAACGGAAAACUAUGGAAACAACAAGCGUCGCUUCAUCCCGCAACUAGAUUGGACAUGAUAAAUCUCGAGGAAAAACUAGAGAGCGAAUUGAAAGACAGAGGUGCUAAACCAUUCGGAAUAUGUCCCAUCCGACGAGAUCUCUACGGCCAGUUUUUUGAUGAACUAAUCCGUCAAGUCAGUGUGUCUUGUGCAGAACGAGGUCUUUUAUUGGUUCGUGUUCGUGAUGAGAUUCGGAUGACGUUUGCAACUUACCAAAAUGUUCUUGAAUCGGCUAUUGCUUAUGGCGUUCGCAAGGCAUUAUUUAUUGAGAAUGAGCAAACCAGAGCAACAACGGAGUGGAAAGUGCAGAAAGAGAAAAACAAAGAGCUUCUUUUGAAGAUCGCCCAAUUAGAGAAAAAAUUGGCAACGGAUAAAAUUGUAAGCGAGGAGGAAUUGGAAAUUGUUGAGCAACGAAUGAAGGAUACCAAUGAGCGUCUUGUGGAGGCUAAUCGCAUCUUGAAGAAUCAGCUUCAAUCAAUUCUUCAAAUGGAUGAUAUGUCGCAUGUGAAAGUUGGUGAUACAUUGGCACAGUAA